UGAAGACGAUGACGAAGGAAGGCGUGUACCUCACGCUCGGCGCGCUGGCGUCCGUGACGUUGGUGCUAUGGGAAGGCUCGGCGCUCUACUUCUCGUCGAGCAUCCGCCACUGCACCGCGCCGUCGACUGAGGCCUCGGAGGCGGCGCUCAAGCUGCUCAUCAUCGGCGACGUGCACGUGCUGGGCCACCGCCGGCGCUACUGGAUUGAGCAGGCGUGGAUCGACUGGCAGGCGUACCUCUCGUUCCAAGCGGCCUAUGCUGCGCUGCAGCCACACGCUGUCCUAGUGCUUGGCGACCAGCUCGACGAAGGCACGGCCGCGACGUCCGAUACCGACUACAAGGAGUAUACAGCGCGAUUCUUCCAGGUGUUUGGCCCGAUCAAGACCGAGACGCUCUUCGUCCUCGGGAACCACGAUGCAGCAUAUGGUCCAGGCAUGACGCAGGCGCUCGUCCGCCGCCACGAGCUUGGCUUUGGGCCCGCCAACCGCCUCGUGACGCUCAACGACAUUGACUUUAUCGUGCUCAACACGAUGGCGCUCGAGACAAACGUGUUGGACCACCAAGUGUACCACGGCGCCCACGCGUACUGCACGCUUCACCACGAUCUCAAUCUCAAUCCCCAUCUCAAUAGUCUUCUCAACCAAAUUGAGACGCAGCGCAAGUCGCCCGAGCACAUCAAGCGACCGCUCGUCGUGCUCACGCAUAUUCCGUUCUACCGCCCCAACGAUCUCAAAUGCGGCCACUUGCGCACGAAGGAGCGGGCGCACUACACGUACGAAGACCCGGCCUUUCCGUACGUGGAGCAGGACCACGUGCUUUCGAAAGGGCUCUCGCAGCGCAUUCUGCAGACGCUCGAGCCCGACUACAUCUUCUCAGCGCACACGCACUCGGUGUGUUACUACCACCACUACCACGCGAUGGCUGCGACCGGCGCCGUCAAGACGAUCCCAGAGUACACGGUGCCGACGUUCACAUGGGGCCAGCGACCCGACCCGAGCUUUGCCAUUGCGCUCGUGCACCACUCGGGGCAGAACGACCGCGAGAACCCGCUCAACGUGCACGUGACGACGUGCAGCCUCCCGACCGAGAUGGACUAUGUGCAGUGGCUCCUCGCCGUUGGCGGCUGCCUCCUCGCGCUCUUCCUGUAUGUCUACUACCGCUGUUACUACCUCAAGGCCGUCGCGCGUCAGAAAAGGCCAAGCACUAAUAUACCAGCGAUGCUAUAUAUUAUAGACCCUACUGCUGCGGGAACUGCAGGCCCGCUUGGCUCCAUAUAA